CCACAGGAAAUCUAAGAAGCCAGACGCACCAAAUGCACGAACAUUCUGACAUCUACAUGUAAAAGGUUCCUCUGUGCAAUUCUAGAUACACCAGCCCAUGGAGGAGUGGGCUCCUGAUAACCUCCAUCAAGGAGAUCUGCUUUCUGGGAUCUAUUUGGUGGUUCAUUGGAUCUACUCUUAAAGCCUCCUUUUGCAUGGCAGGAAUAAAAAGCGAUCCGUCCAUGGAGAGAUGACAUCUCUGCUUCGGUUAUCAGGGAGCUGCUGCCUAAUGCAGCCCUUUCAUUCUCUGCUUAGAAACACCCCUGUGCUUGAAAGGAAUGGUACUUCCUGCUUUCAUAAACAGUCAUGUGUAUAGUUCAGCCAGGCCUGAUGCCUCUGGAGCUUUCUUUUUCUGAAAAGCCCCAGUAAAUUGCCUUUCCGUUUUCGUUUUUUUUAUUUUAUUUUUCCUUUUUUUUUAUUUUUAUUUUUUUUAUUUUUAUUUUUUUAUUCAUCUGUGAUGCCACCAAUUCAGUAGCCUUCGGUCUCCAGAACGGAUUACUCUCCAGCUCCGGAUUUCUCAUAUCUAUGUCCCUUCCUUUGGCAAGUCAAGACACAGCAGACAAUCCUGGUAGGGAAUAUUUUCAGAUUUUUCCGGAAACCAAGUAGAAGAUUGAGCUGCUGAUGUCAGUUAACUCCGAGAAGUCGUCCUCUUCAGAAAGGCCGGAGGCUCAACAGAAAGUUCCAUCAGCUCCUCCACCUCCUCCACUACCUGAGCCCGCACCACCUGAACCAGAGGAAGAGAUUUUGGGCUCUGACGAUGAAGAACAAGAAGACCCUGCUGAUUACUGUAAAGGUGGCUACCAUCCUGUGAAAAUAGGCGAUCUGUUUAAUGGACGUUACCACGUUAUCAGAAAGCUAGGAUGGGGUCAUUUCUCUACAGUGUGGCUCUGCUGGGACAUGCAGGGGAAGAGAUUUGUUGCAAUGAAAGUAGUAAAAAGUGCUCAACACUAUACAGAAACGGCUUUGGAUGAAAUAAAGUUGCUCAGAUGUGUGCGUGAAAGUGACCCUGGAGAUCCAAAUAAAGACAUGGUGGUGCAAUUAAUUGAUGACUUCAAGAUUUCUGGAAUGAACGGCAUACAUGUCUGUAUGGUUUUUGAAGUUCUGGGUCAUCACUUGUUAAAAUGGAUCAUCAAGUCAAACUAUCAGGGUCUUCCUAUUCGCUGUGUAAAAAGUAUUAUACUUCAGGUCCUUCAGGGCUUGGACUAUCUGCAUAGCAAAUGUAAAAUUAUCCAUACUGAUAUAAAACCUGAAAACAUCCUCAUGUGUGUUGAUGAUGCUUAUGUCCGUAGAAUGGCCGCUGAAGCCACAGAAUGGCAGAAAGCAGGUGCACCGCCUCCAUCUGGUUCAGCAGUGAGUACUGCUCCACAACAGAAGCCAGUUGGUAAGAUUUCCAAAAAUAAAAAGAAAAAACUUAAGAAAAAACAGAAGCGUCAAGCAGAGCUACUUGAAAAACGUCUUCAAGAAAUUGAAGAGUUGGAGCGGGAGGCAGAAAGGAAAAAGAGUGAAGAAAAUGAAAAUGAACAGGAUGUUGAUAGCCAGCCAGAAGCCAAGUUGAAAACUGUUUGUCUGGAGGAUGCUACUGAUGAGGAGCCAGUAAAUGAAUAUGUUUUAGCAGGUAAUGUUUCUUCGGAAGGGGAAGAUCACGAUGAGAAAGAAGAUACUGAAAAGGAAAUUGUGGAAAAAGAUGAUGAUGAUGAUGAUGUGGAAUCAGAACUGGUUAACACUGAUCCAACAUGGAUAGAGUCUCCAAAAACAAAUGGCCAUUUGGAAAAUGGUCCAUUUUCCCUGGAACAGCCAUUAGACGAUGAAGAUGAGGAAGAGGAAGACUGCCAAAAUCCAGUUGACUUUAACCUAGAUGAGUCAAACGCUGAAAGUGAUUAUACAUAUAGUAGCUCUUAUGAACAGUUUAAUAGUGAAUUGCCAAAUGGACAACAUAAAAAUACAGAGUUACAGUUCUCAGAUUUUUCGGCUGCAAUGUUUUCCGAUCCUUUAGAGUCUGUAGAAUCUGGUUUGGCAGCUUCUGAAGAUUCCACUGUUAUAGAGAGGGAUGGAAGUAGCCCAUGUCAAGACAGAAGCAGGACAGUUUCUGCAUCAAGUACUGGAGAGAUGCCAAAAAAUAAAAUGCGUGCUGCAGAUCUGCUGGUGAACCCACUGGAUCCUAGAAAUGCUGACAACAUUAGGGUUAAAAUUGCAGAUCUUGGAAAUGCCUGUUGGGUGCACAAACACUUCACUGAAGACAUACAGACCAGACAGUAUCGCUCCAUAGAGGUUCUCAUAGGAGCAGGGUAUAGCACGCCUGCUGAUAUUUGGAGUACAGCUUGUAUGGCAUUCGAACUAGCAACUGGAGACUAUUUAUUUGAACCACAUUCCGGAGAGGACUACUCUAGAGAUGAAGACCAUAUAGCACACAUCAUUGAGCUUCUAGGCAAUAUCCCAAGACACUUUGCUCUGUCUGGAAAAUAUUCUCGGGAAUUCUUCAAUCGCAGAGGAGAGCUUCGACACAUCACUAAACUAAAGCCCUGGAGUCUCUUUGACGUUUUAGUGGAGAAGUAUGGGUGGCCUCAUGAAGAUGCUGCACAAUUUACAGAUUUUCUCACUCCUAUGCUGGAAAUGGUUCCAGAGAAGCGUGCAUCUGCUGGCGAGUGCCUGAGACAUCCCUGGUUAAGUUCAUAGAAAAUAUUUUGGUCUACAGAGUUGCUCUGCUCCUUUGGAACUAACCGCUGACAUUCUCAGUAUCGAUAAAAGGAUUAUGAUUGAUCUGGCAUUAGCCUCAGACUUUCUUUUUGAAGUACUGUACCUUGUUCCUGUUUUUGUUUUUUGUUUUGUUUUUCCUUGCUUAGUGUGCACUGUGGUCAUUGGAAAAAUUUGCCUCUAUGUCUUCAGCUGUAAGCUUUACUGACCCACUUUUUCUGGGGAUGGGGACUGGGGAGAAAAAAAAAAUAAGGAAAAAAUGAAAUCUGGUCUUGUUUUUCAUGUUAUGUGGCAUUUAGAUGUCCAAUUUUUGAACAAGAAGUAAAUUUUUCCAUGUGUCUGCCAGAUUUUGUAACUAUUUAUGAAGAUAUGUUUUAACAGAUGUUGGGUAAAUCCAAGCUUUUGAAAAGAAAAAAAACAAAAAACGGUCCAAUACAAGGGCCCUGUAAACUUUGUACCUUAUCCGAGGGAUUAUCAUACUUGUACUUUAGUGUAUGUACAUUCACUUUGUAAAUGUUUAUUUUCAUUAACACCCUUAUAUUGCGCUAGAGGGCUGCGUUAUAUUAUCUGCCCAUCUAGCAAUGAAGGGUUACUUACAGGAAAGGGGAUUACAGUUCCAAAGUAGAUCAAUCUCCUCUACAUAAUUUUAGUUUUGUGCAUGUAAUUAAUUUCUUAUUUUCUAGAAGGUUUGUAAACAUCUCCUGAGUUUUGGUAAAUGAAGCUGCUUCACUUUUUUAAAACAAUGACCCCAGGUGGCACAUAAGGGGAAGUUGACUUCUCUGUAGUUAAUUCAAUGUAUGCACAUUAAAACACUCCUGAUGUUU